AUGCCUGGCAAAUUGAUCAAGGACCACGGAUGUCCUAGCGAAGGCCCUCCAGAACCACGGCAAGGAGGGCGGAUCACGCGAUUGGAUUCACAUCGCUGGCAUGCGCUACCAGGCGCAGUGGUCGGAUUUCAACAUGUCCUGGGCCCUGCAGCGGGCCGAGGUGAACCUCGAGGAGCCCACGUGGCGCCUCAGCGACCCAUCCGCCAGUCGGGCGGGGCGCGCCCUGGCGCUGGCGCCGUGGUGGAUCCAGAAGGGCGUGACGCCCGAGGGGCCGCCGAAGGAGACCAAGACAUGUUUACGACCGUGACCUUCUCCGAGGAGCAGCAGGCGCAGUUCGGCGUCGACGAGGACGGAUACGUCCAAGACCUGGCCAAGUUCGACGCCGCCACCGCCGACUUGCCACCGCAGCCGAUGCAGAACCAGGGCGGGUCCUGGCACCCGCUAGACAACGAGACCACCUAUGGCGUCAUCGUGAACAGGUGGUUGCUGGACGGCGGGGGCGGCUUCGAUACUAUGCUGUCGGACAUUCCGUACAAGGUGGUCGGCACCGCGCGCGGCGAG